GUUCGUUCCUUUGUCACGUGACUCCCAUAGACACUAUGCGGUGCAAUAGAUUCAAAAUAACGAACGACACAGACUAGAAGAUAUGAGCACUUCAGUCAUCAGAAAAAAAUCGAGAUUUUUCGGACACGAAAUGCGACAACAACUUCAAUAUCACCAUACAUUUCUAAAACAUUUAGAACUGUGUGUUUAACAAAAAGAAUUCUGUAACUUUUCCAAAACGCCAACGAUUUAAAGUCGAAAACACACUAAGGCGGAACUCGACACCGUGGUCGUGUAAACCCAGUCGGACGGAUUUGAAGGUGACACAGGAUAGAGCGGCCAGAUUUCUCAUCAAGGAUGAAUGGAUACAUAAACACAAAGUGCAGUAUCCGGUUGAUGUCGCUGCACUGGUGCUGUAUUUAUAGUUGAUGUAUAAUACAUAGAAGAUAAUUUAAUAUGUACGUUUAUUGAUUCAGUGGACCAGUUUUAUUGGUCGCUUGUUAGAGAUUGUUAGAUUUAUGUGAUGGUGAAUAGGUUAGGUCAUGCACAUGAUGUAGCUUGUUGCAGUUCUACUGAUGCUACUGAUGUUUGUACAUAGUUCAUUUGUUUAGGCAUUGAUCUGUUUACAAGAUUUACCAUUAAGACAGUCUAGUACAGUGAACCUACCUUAAUCCAUUAGUGAUUCAGUAUAUCUGUAAGUUACAUAUUUGUAUGUACAAUAAUUUAACCGAGCAGUCCAAAUAUAAAAUGCACCUACCAUAAUCUAUUAAUAACUGAUGCAUGCAAUAUCAAAAUGUCUGCGUUUUGCUCAAAGGUUAUUUUCCAAAGCCUCAGAUGUACCGUUCACAGAAUCCCUGUGUCUGUUCGAUCCGUGCCGUACAGAAAUUUCUUUAUCAAGAAGAGCCAUCACAUUCUUUCUCGGACACCCAAAGUGGUGUUGAUGUGUUGGGGGGCAGGUGGCAUCACGUAUGCUUCGGCCCAGGAGGCAGCUCUUCCUCUACAGAGAACUGCCGAAAAAAAAUCUCUCGCGAAGGUGCAGGUUCACAGACUAGUGUUUGUGCUGCGACUGGGAAUCCGUGCCUUGGUCCUCAUGCUGAAAUUCAGCCCGAUUUUGCUGCUAUACCCACUGAGUCUGAUCUCCCAGCACUGGACUACGUGCUGGCUAGACGCCCUGUUCUGGGUCACUGAGACGUCCGGUCCAACGUUUAUCAAACUCGGCCAGUGGGCUAGCACGCGACGGGACAUUUUCUCGCAGGAGUUCUGUGAUCGCUUUUCCCGGCUUCAUGUCAAGGUGCAGCCUCAUUCAUGGACUCACACUAAGCAAUGUCUAAGACGGGCUUUUGGGGAAGGAUGGCGGCAGCUCUUUAUCUUUGACAGUAAGGAGCCUGUGGGAUCAGGAUGCGUGGCACAGGUGUAUCGUGCCAAGGCUUGCGUGGCAAACGUGCAAGACCCAGCCUUCCAGCAGCUGGUGGAGGGCCUUGAAAAGGAGGACCUGCUGGAAGCCUGGGAGGUUCCUGGCUUCAGGAAAACUUUGAGUUAUUUAUUGGGAUCAGAGAAGGGAGAGCAGGAGAUGUUAGAUAAUGUGGACGGAGGUUCUGCCGAGCUUCCACAUGCAGAGGAUAAGAGUUUAAUACCAGUGGCAAUUAAGGUGCUUCAUCCUGGUAUCAGGAGACAGGUUCAGAUAGAUCUGAUACUGAUGAAGGCUGGAAGUAUGAUCAUCAGCUGCUUACCAGGGCUCAAGUGGCUCAGCCUACCCGAAGUGGUGGACGAAUUUGAAAAACUCAUGACAAAACAGAUAGACCUUCGCUGUGAAGCAAGGAACAUGGAGAAGUUCAAGAACAACUUCAAGGACUUGGAAUAUGUCAAGUUCCCAACACCUCUAAGACCAUUUGUCACAAGCACUGUCCUGGUUGAAACAUAUGAGGAGAGCGAACCUAUUUCGAACUACCUUAGAUCCGAGGUUUCUGUGGCUGUGAAGCAGAGAAUUGCCCGUAUGGGGGUGUACACACUUCUGAAAAUGGUGUUUGUGGAUAACUUUGUCCAUGGAGACCUCCAUCCAGGGAAUAUCCUGGUUCGAGCUGAUCUGGGGGUCUCGGACCAGAACAAAGCCACUCUGACGGAUCUAUGGGACAUGGUGGUGGUCAGCAUGAGACCGUCUCCUCCUCCAUUACAGCUUGUCCUGCUGGAUGCUGGAAUUGUUGCCCAGCUAAGUGAGGGAGAUCUGCGUAACCUGAGAGCUGUCUUUACUGCUGUCGUCCUCCAGCAGGGGGACCGUGUAGCUGAGCUGAUUCUAAACCAUGCCAGGGCCAACGAAUGCCAGGAUGUGCCGCGAUUUAAAAAGGAAAUGGCCGAGCUGGUGAAUCUUGCCGUCAGCGACACACUGUCUUUGGGGAAGUUUCAGGUGUCGGAGCUGUUAUCGCGAGUGUUUCGACUGCUAAUCCACCACAAGGUGAAACUGGAGAGCAAUUUUGCAUCUAUUGUAUUUGCCAUCAUGGUCCUGGAAGGCUUGGGAAGGUCACUGGACCCAAACUUGGACUUGCUGGAGAUUGCUAAACCUCUACUGUUAAAGAACUUCACCUCUUUUCUUUCCUGAACCCUGCGUCCACAGUUUUGGUCCAUUGUUUCAAUGUACAUAGCUAUGAAAAAGUAUUUGCCUUCUGUGCUUGAAUUUUUCCAGAUUGUUUUUAUUUUUUUUUUAUUUUUUUGCAUGAUUAACUUUGUUAGACAGGUUUUAUUGAUUCACCAGGUCUGGCAGUAAUUAGGCCUUGGUGGGGCAAGCGAAAUUUAACUGGGCUUUUCAAAAAUUACAGUUCAUUCAUGAUUUACCAAGAGGAGCAAUUACUUUUUUUUUUUUUUUUUUUUUUACAUAUGGCCAGGUAGUUUAAACAGGUUUUUAUUUUAAUGAAUGAAAUCAUAAUUUUGCAUAAUUUAACAAAAAUGCAUUUUGUAUUUGCUUGGGUUGAAAAUUGUUUAAUCUCAAUCAUUUAAGUGUGACAACUAUACAAAACAGUAAGUGGUAAAUACUUUUUCACGGCACCGUAGCUUAGGUAACUUUUAUGUAGACUUGGAACUGAAUAUGAUUAUAGAUUAUCAGGGCUAGUGUGUGUGUGAAAAUAUUUGGUUUUAUUAACCAAUCCUUAGAAAUCAUGACUUUGAUUGUUAAUCCUGAAACUAUUUUAAGAAAACUUCCAGAUGCAUAAUAGACCCCUUAUUAUAUUAUUAGGAUAAAACCUUAUCAUCCUGUUACUGCUGCAACACUGCUAGCAAAAGUGGACAAUCUUUAAAAAAUUAAAACUAAUCCAGUGCAGGGUUGCCAGAAACCUGGAGCCUAUUCCUUGAAAAGGGCGGGCACACACUGGACAGGGUGCCAUUACAGAGCACAUAUGCACGACCAUCCACUAAUUCCAGGGAAUUUGGAAACACAGUUUAGCCUGCUUUGCAUGUCUUUCGAUUGUGGGAAGGAACCAGAGUACCCGAAAGAAAUCCACCAAGCACAGAGAGAACAUGUAAUGUUUGCACACACACAGAACUGAGGUGGGAAUCGAAUUCUUAAGCCUGAAGUUGUGAGGCCACAGCUCCUCCCUUACUAUUGUGUUAUAUAAAUAUGUUAAAUGUUUAGACAGAUGUGAAAUGAAAGACUGAGCCAAACAUAUAAUUUUGUGCUAUUUAUCAUAUGACAUUUUUCAUCAUUUAAAACUUGAUAUAUACUUGAUAAA